AUGAAGGCUGAAGGCGACGCAGGGACCAGCGGUGGCGCAGGCGGUGGCGCGUGCUGCGUGAACCGGCUGCUGCGCGCGGUGGAGAGCGAGCUGCGCGCGGGCCGCGAGAAGGGGGACCCCACGGAGAAGCAGCUGCGCGUGAGCCUGGAGGACGCCGAGCUGUGGCGGAAAUUCCGUGAAGUCACCAACGAGAUGAUCGUCACAAAGAACGGCAGGAGGAUGUUCCCAGUACUGAAGGUGAGCGUGUCUGGUCUGGAUCCCAACGCCAUGUACUCCUUUCUCCUGGACUUCAGCCCGGCUGACGGCCACCGCUGGAAGUACGUAAACGGCGAGUGGGUGCCCGCUGGCAAACCUGAACCCCACAGUCACAGCUGUGUGUACAUCCACCCUGACUCUCCAAACUUUGGUGCCCACUGGAUGAAAGCUCCGGUGUCCUUCAGUAAAGUCAAGCUGACCAACAAACUCAACGGUGGUGGACAGAUCAUGCUGAACUCCCUCCAUAAGUACAAGCCACAGAUCCACAUUGUCCGUGUGGGAGGAAGCCACAGGAUGGUGACCAACAUCUCCUUCACUGACACCCAGUUCAUCGCUGUAACAGCCUACCAGAAUGAGGAAAUUACCGCUCUGAAGAUCAAAUAUAACCCCUUCGCCAAGGCCUUCCUGGAUGCUAAGGAGAGGAACCAUCCCAAGAACUUUCUAGACCCCCCUCCUGAGAACCAACACGUCGGAAUACCGCACUGUGGUUGGUAUAUUUCGAACCCGGACUCGUUUUGUUCCUCUGGCAGCAGCAAUUUCCCCUACACGGGUGGGUUGCCUUUGACCCCGCACCAUGGCUACAAACACUACUCCACUCUGCACGGGCAUAGAGGCACGCCGUACCCACCUCCAUAUCUCCACCACCAUCACCAUCACCACCACCGCGGACCUAAUUCAGUCUCUCUGUCUGAGGGUCUGAGUCCAGGAGCUCUGCAGGUGUUCUCAGGCCACGAGACCUGGACAGGUGUUUCUCCUCCUGGUCCUGCAACGAUGCUGUCAGUGCCGUCUGGUACAAGCUCACCUGGAGUCAGCAGUCAGUACCCCUGCCUGUGGACUGUCAGUGGCUGUGGUAUGUCCUCCACUCCUCCAGGAGGUGCUGUGAGCUCCACCCAGUGUCAGGAGGACCGCCCUGAUGGGGCCUCCGCCUCUGCUUCACCAUGCUCGCUCCUGCAAGGCCAGGGACCCGCGAGUGCAGAGGUCGUUUCGGAACAAGCUAAUCAUAACAGGGUGGGAGGGGCUAGCUGGUCGGGAGGCUCCACCCAUUCCUUUUAA